AUGACGACCCUCAUCUCGAUCCACGACGCCGUCUCGGCCGAUGGUAACCACGACGCUAUGUACUCUCCGGCGAAGGAGAAGGCCGCCAACAGAGGCACUUAUGUUUGCCGGUCACCUCUUCUCCUUCGCCGAUUCAGUCAAAUGGUCACUGCAUCCAAAGCGAAGCUUUUUCUGGAGAAACCAGAUCUUGCAAUGGAGAAAAAACCUUCAGGAGGAUCAAUUGACAGAGAUGUUGCUCUGGCAGAGGGUGAAAAGGAAAAGAGGUUGUCUUUUAUCAAGGCAUGGGAAGAAAGUGAAAAAAACUCAGGCAAAGAACAAAUUGAGCCUUAUUGUUCGAAAACUUCGCCCUCGAGGAUGACGCUGCAGCAAGCCAUAGCUACCCAUGCUGCCAUGGUCUCUCACUGUCGAAGCUCGCAUCACCAUCACUACUAA